AUGCGUCGACGUGCCGCGCCACAGCAGCGGUCCGCCAGGAGCGGCCUGCGGGCCCUGCGACAAUUGUCGGGCGGUGAACCACACCGCGUGCAUGUCGUGGCCGACGCGGUUGGCCACGCGCCUCUGGCGGCGCACGUCGAUGGCGACGAUAGUGCCCACGACGGAGGCAACGAGGCAAAAGCGACGGCGGCUCCCAGCGUGAAGUUGGACGGUGUGUGGCUGAGCACCUGCUCCGGUGCCCUCCUCCGCGUCAUCGACUUUUUAUUGUCGCGGUUUGCGGUGAAGCCCACGGAGGGGUGGGUGCGGGCGACAAUCGUUUGCCUCUCCUCCGCGUCCGUGCACGUCAAUGCGAGGUUGGCGUUGGCUCGCCUCGUGCAGCUGCGGGCUUCCGCCUUUGCGCCGGCAGCCGAUGCCCUUCGGGACGCGGUGGUGUCGCUGGUGUGCGCGGAGGAGAUGGGGGAGGGCGGCGUGCAUUACGUGGCGCGUGAACUGCUGGAGCUGUUGCUCUACUGGGGCGAGGCAGGGGCCAUGGGGCUCACGGCCGAGGCUGCGCGUGCGCUGAUGGAGUUUCUUCUUCGCUCCGCACCACACCCCAGUGAGGAGGUGGUGCAGCGCAACGUGGGCCUCGCCCGUCGACUGCUCUCCCUCGCAUCACCGCCGUGUCCACUGCGUGAAGCGGAGCUGCGGUGCGUGCUUCGAGGUGACGCGCUGGCGGCCAGGUUUGGCCUGCAGCUCUGCGGCCUCCUCGUCGAGGGCGGCGGGGCGUCGCUGCUGGACUCCGUGGCGCCGGCCCCCCCGGAGGAGCUCUACCACGCCCUGGCGUCCUGCCUCCGGAGGAACAGGGCUGUGACCGCGGGUGACGAGAGGGACCUGCUGGAGGCAGCGGAGGUGGUUGGAAAGGAGCUCUGCGGGCUGCGGGCCCACGCCGCAACGGCUGCGCUGCUGCGCGACACGGUGCGAGGCGCGUUGCUCUCCCUCUGGUCCCGCAGCCCGGGGGCGGCGCUGCGGGCGCUGCGGGCUAUUGUGCGGCACGACGCCGGCGUCCUCGCGGCGAUUCCGCCCGCCACGCUCCUUGCAAACUUCAUGAGUCGUGACGCCGCCGAGCAGGCGACGACGCUCCACCUGCUUCGCCGGGCCCCCACACGUGCCGUGGAGACGUACGCGAGGCUGCAGGCUCUCUUUUCCGGCCACGUCCCCGCCCUUCACGGCUUGGUGCGUGUCGAGUUGUACCACCUGCUCGCGGAGCUGCUCCCGCUGCUCGCCGCCCCGUCGCGGGGGAGUCUCGUGGACGUCUUCCUCUCACCGGACGCCGCGCGGCUGAUGCGCGGGGGCGAGGCGACGAGCGUGGCCUUCCUCGGCCUGGCCGUGGCCGCGUACGCGGUGGCCCCCUCGUCGGCUGCGCUGGCGAGGGUGACGGAGGGGCUGAAGCAGCCGUCGCCGUCGGUGUGGCGCGUGGCGCUUGCGUGCCUUGACGCCCACGUGCUCCCGCGUGACUCGUGCGGGACUCGACUGGCGGCUCUGCGGGACAUCCUUUCCCCGCAGGCGGUGGGGCGUGAGGCGUGGCUGCGGCACGCCGCCGUGUUGAUGCUUUUGCUCCGGCCUGCCACCACUGCGGGGGAGCUGCGUGCCGCACCCACCCCCUCUGCUGCCCCAUGCGCGGGUUUACUCCGGUGCCGUUGCGACGCCAACGAGUCACUUUCUCAGCGGCGCCGAGCGGAGGAGGAGAGGACUGGGCGGGAGGAGGCCGCGCACGCGCAGGCCUCAUUGGACAGCUCUGCCGAAGACCUCGCGGGGUUUGCGGUUCCGCCGGAGUCCUUCAUCGCCCCACUUCAAUUGCUCUGCCUGCACGACGCGGACACGGCGUGGUGUUGUUUGGAGCCCGUUGAAGAGGGCCUCCCGCUUUGA